UACCGCAUGCAGACAAUCUUCACUUUCCCCAGAUGGCUGCCAUCCACUCACCUGCUCAUACAGCAAAACUCACCUUUUAUGUCGCAUCAAUACCACAACACGUAGUUGAGCGUCUCGCCUGCCAAGCGAAAAUUUCUCGACAUUUGGUUGAGUGUGUGUUAGACAAGUGUUAUGUAGGGCCUCCCCCGGAUGUCUGGUCAUUGAAGGAAAGGAUGGAGGAAGACCCUGCCAUUCAGCUCGAGAAAUUCAAGUUCGAACCAAACAACGACAAGCCCGUCUGUGGAUGGCCCGAACGUUAUAAACCGGACCAAACAUGGGACAUCCGUUUUAAAGCAACCGUAAAGAAGUGUGCACACGCUGAGUCCACUGCAGAGAAGCCCGAAGUUACGGAAUAAACACGCAUGUAGAACGGACGUCGGAAUGUUUGAC